AUGUUGCAGUGCGAUGGACAGUCUCCAAGCUGUGGGAGCUGCCAGCGAGCUUCUGUAAUAUGUGUCAUGGGAUACAGCACUCGUAUGAGUGACUAUUCUCGAGAUGUAAUCAAAGACCGAUGCCCGGAUGUCGAUCUAUACCAAGACCGAGCACUGGGAAAUUAUUUUGACGAUGUUGAUGGUCAAGACAGUACAAUUCGUGUCGACGCAUUGUCACCGACUCCUGAGGUUCUUGCUGGGCCAGCUACGCAACCAUCCAAUCCACCAGCGAGAGGACUUACGGAGCAACAUGCGCAUUCAACCGGUCUGCUGUCCCAUGAGAUUGGACUGGUCUCAUUGAACAGCUCGCAAGAUCCUCGAUACAUUGGCCCCUCUAGCGGUCAUUUCCUGGCCAGACUCAUGCUAGCACCAGGUCGUCGAGGGGCAACGUCCUUGAACUCCGGGAGACUAUCGCCGUCGCGAGGCUCUGCACUCCCCCUUGCGUUGGUUGAGUCAUUGCAAGGCCCUCUUCCCUUGCCUCCGAUCGAACAAGCGACUAUUCUGUCGAAUGCUUAUUUCGAUAUGAUGCACCCUCAGUACCCCAUCAUGCAUCGACCUGCCUUUAUGGCAGACCUCGCGAAAGCCUACGACAGUCCAGCAAUAAGCCGGAGCUACUCGUCAUUCCAGAUCUUCAUGGUGUUGGCUCUUGGAGCUACGAUUGUUUCACAGCAACAUAAAGUCAGGCUCCCUUCGGAAUCCUACUGUCUAUCAGCACUUGAGUACUUUGACAAACUAAAUAUCGACAAUUCUCUGCAGGGGUUGCAGUCCCUCCUGCUGCUCCUCAUUUUCACCCUACACUGCCCAAACAUGAGACUCAAUGUCUGGUAUCUGAAUUAUCAAUGCAUCGCUGCCGUGCUAGAUCUCGGACUGCAACGCAACAUCACAACAAGCUCGGGUAUCACCAAGCUGCAACAACAUCUCAGAACACAUGAUGUUGACGACAGCCUCCUCGAUGUCCCCGGAGGACAGGGCUUUGGAAACAUGCCGAGCACCACUACGGCAUUGUCUUUCUCGAUUCAUCUUUUCAAACUAACGAAACUAAACUCCGAAAUCAAAUACGUCGCAAAUAGCGUCGUUCGCGACGCUCCACGUUACGCCUAUCCCGCUGUCGUGGACAUCAACGAGUGGCAUACCAACAUGCUGCAUCAGCUCGACCAAUGGUCUACAGACACCUCAGCCAUAGACGAUGCUCAUCAAGACAUAUCGACAGGGUUCAUGUCAAAAAUCUGUCGUUCCCGCUAUCUGAAUCUGAAAAUGGUGUUGCUUCGACCGAGUCCCGCCAUACCAAACCCCUCGCCACAGUCUCUUACUCUCUGCCACGAUGCUGCACUGGAGAGCCUCAGUCUGUACAGUCAGAUGUACAGGAACAAUCAGCUUCUGCACAGUUGGCAAUCUUUUUACUCCAUCGUUCUCAGCAGCAUCACCUUUUUGUACUGCAUCAAGGCAGAAUCUGAGCUCGCGAAAACAUGGGCCGCAAAGCCGGACGCCUUGCUCAUCGAGUUGAGCAAGGGUCUAAACGUUCUCAGCGCCACUGGUGAGCACUGGGCUGGCGCGAAGCGAUGUCGCGACAAUCUCGAGGAGCUCGGCCGGGGAUUGGCUGCGUCGCUGAGAAACAAAGAGGGCGACGGAAGAGCCGAGGCGAGGCGGGCAAAUGGCAGUCUUGCUGGGGUAUCUGUUGAAGCACCUUCGUUGACCGCAGCGCCCUCUUUAGAACCUCCCAACUCCUCUGGCGGUGCGACAUCAUUCUCGGCUAUGGACACGAGUGUCAUGCAAGGGUAUGUUGACCUGGGGAGCAACUUUUCGGACCUGUUUACGUCAGAAGGACUUUUUGGGGAGGAUAGUCUUUUGGGCGAUUCUGGUGAUCUGGAUGCGGCGAUGCGAAGCUUGUUCGACGACUUCAUCCCUACUUAUCCAACCGCUUCAUAA